AUGAAGUGGCCACGGGUCGAGUGGAAAUUUACGUGGUUCGAGAGGAUUCCUUGCGUCCUGUUGGUGAUACUUUUGGCAAUACCUGGACAUGUCUUCGCGUUCGAUAAUUCCACCGAUACGUUCGUCGAGAAAUGCCGCGUGGACUGCACUUUGCACAAGGAUGUUAUUCAUUGCGGAAGGUACAGGGUCGUCAGGUGGCUCUACGACGUCGUAAGAGAGAAGGAAUUCAGCUACGGACCCAUUCGCGUUGUCAGAAUCUCGGCCAUGUCCGAGCAGUCGAUCCUCCCGAAAUUUCCCCAGUCUCGAAUCUUCAAGAGCGACGCCAUCGAGACGUUGAAUUUCAUCAGAGACAUCGCGGAAGAUCUGCUGACGAAACGAGUCGUGGUUUACACCAUUGACAACUCUGUCACGGCCAGGAGCCUUGGCAGCGCGCCCAUGAUCAUGGACGAGGAUGAACUUAGUCAGAUGCGCAGUGGGAAAGUGCCCGAAGGUAACUGGAGGCUGCUGAAGAAAAAGAAAUCCAUAAUCCUGCCAAUUUUGAUCCUCUUGAAUCUACUGAAAUUAAAACUACUGCUGCUGCCAAUCUUCCUCAGUAUCCAUUUUAUUAAGAAGCUUCUGCUGCUGGCCUCGCUAUUAGCUCCGUCGAUCCUGUCACGUCUGAAGAUCUGCAAGCUCGCGCAACCCCACUCGCAAGCCUACCCCUAUCACACGUGGUCCACGGCUGCUGAAGGGCCAGUCGACUACCCGACAGGAUACGGGCAGGACGAGGCCUGGUCGCACCGGAACGACUACCAAGGCAACGUGGCUUACAUGGGCUACCACGGCGUUCGCAAUCCUUACGGAUGA